AUGUUGCUGCUGUUACUGCUGCAGCAGCAACACGGGGCUUCAAAGGGCCCCGCGAGGCCGCCCCACAGUUCGGGCCGCCGAGCAGCAGCAGCGGGGGCCUCCACAGCAGCGGCAGCAGCAACAGCAGCAGCAGCAGGAGCUGCAGCUGAUCCUGCACUUCCAUUGGUUGGCGUUGCAAUUCAUUGGUUGAUUCAGACUGAUACUGACAGGAGCAACAGGCUGCAAGAGCAGCAGCAGCCGCAGCAGCGGUCUCACCGGCUUCGGAUGGAGCGCCAGAAACAGCAGCAGCAGCAACAACAGCAGCAGCCGCAGCAGCAUUCAGGCAGCAAUUGUCUCCUUGAGUGUAUAAAUCCUUCAGCAGGUGGCCCUGCAGCAGCAGGAGCACCGAGCGGAGGAGGGGGAGGAGGAGGAGGUGCAGCAGCAGCAGCAGCAGCGGCAGCAGCAGCAGCUGCAGCAGAAGCAAUGAGCCGGGGCAGCACAAGUGGGGGGCCCACCGGCCGUCGCAGUCGCAGUCGUUCUCGAGAUGCGCAGCAGCUGUGCAGACACCGCAGUAGCCGCAGCCGCAACCGCAGCAGCUGCAGCAGCAGCAAAAACAAUUUGCGAUCUGGCAUCGGAUCCCCAGGCUGCCGACGUCGCAGCAUAAAGCGGCAUGCAUGCGGCAGCAGCAGACCAGAGAGAGACAGAAACAGAGACAGAGAGAGAGACAGAGAUGAAUGCAGCAGCAGCAGCAGGAGGUACAACCAUCACCACCUGCAGCAGCAACAGCAGCAGCAGCGCCUGCUGCAGCCUACAGGGUCCCACCGCAGCAGCAGAAGGCCCUCUGUUGAUGCAGGAGGCUGUUCUACUGCAGCUGCUGUCUCCUACCGCAGCAGCAGAGACAGAAGCAGAGAAAGAGACAGGGAAAGAGACAGCAGCAGCAGGAGGGGGCGCAGCGGCAGGCAUAGGGGGAGAGACAGAGACAGCAGCAGACCUCCUCCUCUGACUGAUAGAGGCAACAGGCACUGCAGCAGCAGGCACUGUAGCAGCAGACACUGCAGCAGCAGACACUGCAGCAGCAGACAUUGCAGCAGCAGACCCCACAGACCGUCUCCUUCACCCGGUCGUAUCCCCACAGUCAAGUCAAGGAAGCAUACAGGAGCUGCAGGUGGUGACUACAGCAAGAGGCGUCAAUAUUCUGGUCGUUGGUAUGGUAAGGAGGUGCGGCGUCGUGGGAGCUGCAGCAGAAGCCGCAGCAGCAGCAGCAAAUGGCACAGCAGCGAGUGCAGCAGUGGGGGUAGUCGUCGUGGGGGCGGAGAAAGGCAUCGUGGAGCAGCAGCAGCACCACCACCAUCAGCAGCAGCAUCAGGAGGAGGAAGGAGCUCUCGAAAGCACAGCAGUCCUUACAAGACACGCCACUACAGCCCAACAAACGGUCGAGCUGCUGCUCCUGCUGCAUAUUCUUCUAAGCCUAACAGCAGCAAGCACACCCAGGAGCGUCGCAGCAGAAGAGAAGCAGCAGGUAGCAGCAGCAAGAAGAGUCGCGUACAUUCAUCUCAGCGUCAUGUUCAGCAGCACGAGGAUGCAGACUCUUCGGAUCAUCAUCAUCAGCAGCAGCAACAGCAGCAGCAGCAGCAGCCACAGCAUAAGACCUUAAGGAAACAGAAUAAAGAAGCAAAUAGAGAUGAAAUUACACACUUUUCCUGGAAACCGGGACUUUGGCUCAACAACAGAUAUCGUGUCCUCGCCAAGUUAGGUGAUGGUACUUUUGGUAGAGUACUUAGAUGUGUUGAUGUACUACUACAAACACAAGUUGCCAUCAAGGUUGUUCGUGAUGUGGCUCGUUAUACUGCAGCAGCAGAGAUAGAGGCGGAUAUAUUAAGGAAGUUGAAUAGGAAGGAUUAUAGGAAGGAUUCAGGCUGUCCGGAGAACAUUUUGCUGCGCGGAGAGAAGAUGUUCGAGACGCGCGCUCCUAGGCCUUCAGAAGAAGACGAUUGCUCUACCCCUUACCUCCGACCUGCUAGCAUGCAGGUUAAAAUCAUUGAUUUCGGAAGUGCCACUUUUGAGGAAGAUUAUCAUUCUUCUCUCAUUAACACACGACAAUAUAGGGCUCCAGAAGUUAUACUCGACAUCGGCUGGGAUAUGGCAAAUGACAUGUGGUCCUUGGGGUGUAUACUCAUGGAGUUGUACACCGGCGAUGUUUUAUUUCGUACACACGAGCAUCUUGAGCACUUAGCAAUGAUGGAACGCAUCGUCGAACCCUUCCCAAAAGACAUGUUGCAAAAGGCCCAAAAAGGGGCAGGGAAAGGAUACCUCACAACAGACAGCCGAGGAGAAGUUCGACUUAAGUGGCCCGAAGGAGCCGCCUCUGCAGGAAGUGUCAAUCGAGUCAAGGAUUGCGUCCCUCUAGAGGAGUUGGUGCUCCCUCAAGACCGUCUUUUGGCGGAUUUCGUACGAUAUAUUUUGCAAAUAGACCCGCGGAAACGUCCGGACCCGAAGGAGGCGCUGCGGCACCCGAUAUUCUCAACUGGGAAAUAA